UUGCUCCUAAUUAUAGCCUGUAAAAGAAAAGAGGAACAGCAGGUGAACGGAAAUUCGCAUUCUUCGACACCAAAAAAGCCACGACUUGUUUUUACCGACAUACAAAGACGUACACUGCAGGCAAUUUUCAAAGAAACAAAACGACCAUCUCGCGAGAUGCAGUUAACCAUUUCGCAUCAACUGCAGUUGGAUCCGACUACUGUGGCCAAUUUCUUUAUGAAUGCUCGACGGCGUGGACAUGAUCGGUUAAGGCAGGAAGAGGAACAACAACAGCAACAACAGCAACAACAACAGCAGUCAUCUCAGGCUCAACAGCAUUCAAAAGUUCAACAACAGCAUACAACCCAACAGCAUUUACAACAACAACAACAACAACAACAACAACAACAGCAAAAGCAACAACAACAGCAGCAGUCACAGCAACAGGGAACACUGUUAUCCGGUGCUGUAGUUGGAGCUGUAUCAGCAACACAACAGCAACAGCAGCAGCAGCAACAACCACAAUCACAACCACCACCAACAACAACAACAACAAAUAACGGUGAAACUCAGGUUUUGACACUGGUUACAGCUCCACCAGUUUUUGAACAAUUAUAA